UAAUUGCGAUUCUGCUUGUGAUUUAGUUCGACCGUUGAAUUCAGUUGGAAUGGGUGCAUCUAAACUAUUAACGCAACGCGUCAUUUAAUUCAGUCUAGCCGGAAAGCCUGAGCAAGAUUCAAAUACUGUGCUAGUUUCAAGCACUAUAAUAUACAAUACAGAUUCAGCAAAUAUAACACCCUAAUUGAAAAUAUGGAUCCGAUGGACUCUACUGUAACAUCCAUUAUAACUUCAAAACCAAUAAAAGCAAUGAAUGUGACUGAAUUAAGCUCUUCUCUUCAACAUUUUGGUGUUCUUGACUAUUUCGUUUUUGUGCUCAUGCUGUCGGUGUGUGCAAUAAUUGGUUUAUAUUUUGGAUUCAUUGAGAAUAAGAAAAAGCAAAGUGACAAUGAGCAGCGACGGGGUUCAGAGGCGUUAGAAUACUUGGUGGGCGGAAGAAAAAUGAAAGUGUUUCCUGUGGCUUUGUCUUUAGUCGCGAGUUUUGUUUCCGGAAUAUCUCUACUUGGUACAUCUACGGAAAUCUAUGUUUACGGUACCCAAUAUGCUUUCAUUCUAAUUACGUUAGUUAUAUCUGGAAUAAUAUCGUGGUAUGUCUUUCUUCCUGUUUUUUGCAAUCUUCAGUUAACUUCGACAUAUGAGUAUUUUGAAAUGCGAUUUGGUCGCGAGGUACGCUAUUUUGGAUCCGUUUUGUUUAUCGUAAACAUGAUUCUUUGGCUGCCCGUUGCAGUAUAUGUACCAGCUUUGACCUUUAACCAAGUAUCUGGAAUCGACACGCAUAUUGUAACUCCAAUAGUGUGUCUGAUUUGCACCUUCUAUACUUGUGUGGGCGGCUUAAAAGCAGUGAUUUGGACAGAUGUUGUGCAGAGCUUCAUUAUGUAUGGAUCAAUAGUGACUAUUUGCAUUAAAGGAACUCUUGAUGUGGGGGGUUUAGAUGUGGUUUUGCAACGAAAUAGAGAAAGCGGUCGUUUGAACAUGCCGGAUUGGACCUGGGAUCCUACUGUACGUUUGUCUAUGUUAGCUGUGUUUGUGGGUGGAUCUCUUCAUAAGAUACAAUCUUCUGCUGUCAAUCAAAUUUGCAUCCAACGUUACCUUUCAUUGCCUUCCCUACAAAAAGCCAAACACACAGUCGUUUUAUUUAAUAUCCUGCUAAUCUUUCUGAUGUUGUGUUGUUGUUAUAUGGGAUUAUUAGCCUAUGCCAGUUACUACGACUGCGAUCCAAUUAGCACAAAGCUUGCUGCGGCUAGUGAUCAGUUGCCAACUUUACACGUAAUGAAGACGGUGGGUGAUAUACCUGGUUUGACAGGCCUUUUUGUUGCUGGUGUUUUCAGCGCAGCAUUGAGCUCAUUAUCUACUGGGUUGAAUUCCUUGGCUUGUGUUAUUUCUCAAGAUAUUAUUGCAUCCUUCUUUAAGACACCGUUGAACGAACGACAUACAGCUAUUUUAUUGCGCUUAAUCGUUUUUGUUUUUGGUACAGCCUGCAUCGGUUUGGUUUAUGUCGUCGAGAAACUUGGUAUGGUUUUACAGUUAGCCACAAUGACAGGGGCAGUCACAAUGGGACCACUCUUAGCUGUUUACACAAUGGGCGUUUCCUUUCCAUGGAUCAAUGGGAAGAGCGCACUUACGGGUUGUGUGACAGGCUUUUUAGUUUUGAGCUGGAUAUGUGCUAAUGCACAAAUCGCCCAAAUGAGAGGGGAAAUCGCUUAUCCGAAAAUGCCAGUAUCCAUUGAUGGAUGCGAAUAUGAAUUUGAUAAUGCGACAGCUUGGGAUACCAUUUACAACUAUCAGCCAUCAACUUUCGAGCAGCGCAAUUUAUACCAUCUAUCUUUUUUGUGGUAUUCUGCUUUUGGUGCAAUGAUUUCGAUAGUAGUUGCAUGUGUAUCAACUAGACUAUUUGGUACAACGGAUUUGGAAAAAAUAGAUCCAGCAUUACUUUCACCCUUUGUACGGCGGUUCUUACCAUUAAAACAACGCAAAACAUAUUGUAGUGUUAGCUUGGAAGAUUUUUCUAAUUAUAAGUCCCCGAAUAAGGGUUUCCAACGACGUGCUAACUAAAUUAAUUAUAAAUGCUUUAAUGUAUGUCUACUCUGUUUUGGAGUGUUUUUGGCUUAAGUUUUUCAAAAAUUUAUUUACAAUGUGCGUAUGUGUAUGCAUUCCAUGAAUAGGAAUAGGAAGUGUUUUAUCUACAUUCUUACAUCUUUAAAUAUGUAUACCUGUGUAGGGUUCUUAAGAUUUGUUUACAAAUUGGCUAAUAAAACUGAUGUUAAAUACUUAAAUUUGAGCGGAUAAGCAAAUAUUUGCCUAGGCAACAAUAAAUUAAUUUUUAUAAUUUUUUAAACUUAUUCAUAUAAAAAAACACUAGUACUACAAAUGUUUAACGUCACUAUUUAAAAAGACAAUACAAAAUCUGUUAACUAUUUAAAUAUUUUCGUUCCUUUAAUUUGGAAAAAUCAGGCACAACUGCUGUAAUGUUAAGAGUUUGUGCCACUUUAUUUAAAUUGAUGUAGUUGCCAAGCCUUCCAGUUUCUCUUGGGGCAUUGUAGAGGGUAGUUAAGUUUUGACAAUGUCCAAUUUAGAGAAACUGCGCUUCCAAUAGCUUGGGACAUAGGAAGUGUUAGUAAUAAUCGAAUUGUCGUAAAUAAAUUUGGAACAAUAUACAUUAAUUCGUUUGAACAAAUAUAAUUUAAAAUGGAAUGUUAUACCACAUAACAAACAUGGCAAUAAAUUUAAAAUUUGCAAUUGGG